CAACCAUGCAUUUGUAUAGGCGAUUCACGGUCUGUGGGCUCCGUAAUGGCGGACACAAGCGCCGUUUCCUGGCGUGACGUUGACCCUGGCGCUUCGUAUAAUAAACUAAUUGUCUACAAUCACGAAUUAUCAAAUUUCUUGUGUAAGCUGCUUGUCGGUGUUAAAAUACCCAAUAAAAUAUUAAAUUAAUUAAUGAAGUUUGUAAAUUUUGUCGCAUUUCCUUGGUCGAUUUAGCGUUCCUGUAGUCUGACUCGGGAGACGAUUGAUCCUUUCGUCAGCAUGUAGAUACGAUAAUAUAAAUAACAAUUACAACAAUUUGCGCAAUCAUUCACAUAUAUUAAAAGCAGACGUAUGUCACGUAUUGUAGUUGGAUUUAAAUUAAGUACAAACGAUCGUUACUUUGACGCGCGCCGUUAUUCGUUUAGAGCUACGUAAACAAAAAUAGGUAUAAAAUUUAAUUUCUGAAGGGGAUGUUCAAACACCAAUCCGCCCCUCUUGAUCGCCACCGAUGUGACAUAUUAUGACGUCAGAAUGAUUAAUUUUUUUGCGACAAUUUGGACGUCGAAAAUUGCGCUCGGCGACACCUGACAACGAAUCGCAGCACUGGCUGUGCCACUUGAUAUAAACAUCACUGUACCAGAAAACCAGUUUAUAUACUUGUGUAUGUUUCAUUGUAAAUAUAAAAUCAAUGCUUAUUGUUUCAACAGCAAAUAAUUCACAACAAUAUUACCAAUUCCACCAUUACAAACUCUGCAAUAGGAAGUAAUGAUAUAUCAAUCAACACAAAUCAACAGCAAAACUUGGGAAUAAGCACUCAACAGUUGGACAAGCUAGUUGAAAAAUUUAAAGUGAAUUCCAAGAAAAGAGCAAAUAAAGUUCGUGGAGAAACCCUUUUGCCACCAGGAGUUCCAGGUCGUAUCACCAAGGCUGUUCCACUUCUAAUAACCAAGGUCCGUCAAAUAUUAGAUGAUGAAUGGAAGCUACAUAGAAACCAACGUGAGGACUUGCAACGUAUGUACACACCAAAGGGUUCUAUACGGAUCGAGGCACUGUUUGAUGUUGCAAAACAAGUGGCAAAACAAGAGGCAAAGAAGUGCACUACACCUGAAGCAAAGUCUGAUUAUGUAGUAAGAUAUGGUAACAUUGUUUGUGUAGUUGGACUACCUGGGGUUGGUAAGAGCACUCUUUUAAAGAUGAUGAUCUACUGUAUUUUUGAGGAUAAAUCAGUGAAACCAGAUACACAGUUUUUGUUCCACGUCUCACUGAAGGAUUUUAACCCAGAUGAGAAAGUUACUCUGUUAGAAUGUCUUCUACCUGACGUGGGUGAGUGGAAUUUUUCUGCUGAAGAAAACAAAGCUUUGGUUCAUUUCCUGUACAGCAACCCAAAUGUUGUUAUUUUGAUUGAUGGAUGGGAUGAACUGUAUACAAAACAAGCCAGCAAAAGACUCCAUGCAUGUCAACUGGAUAGCAAGCAAAUGCCGGAGGUCUUUGUCAAGAACUUGUUGAUGGGUAAGCUUCUACCCAAUGCUGUGAAAUUUAUCACAUCAAGACCAGGUCAGUUUUACGAGCUUCACCAAGAUUAUCGAAAUGGUUUGGUUUCUGAGGUGCAUGGUAUGGAUAAACCUGCAAAGAAGGAUCUUACUAAACAGAUUUGUGGUGAAGCCAAUCUUGAAACUGUAGAGAAAUUAUUGGCAGAGCGUCCAAACUUGGAUGCUUUGUGUUCAAUUCCAGUCCAUUGCAUUCAGAUUGUAGCUUGUCUCCAUUCAAGCAUGCCAUCGGGUAGUGAGAUCAACUCAAUGACUGAUGUGUUCAUUCAUACUCUUACCAACUACAAAGCUUCAGAUCAUGUAAGAACAAACAUGUCAGAACGAGAAAUUGGACAAGAACUGGUUAAACUUGCUCACCUUGCAUACAAAGGACUUGCUAAAAGAAAAUUAGUAUUUCAGUUGAGUGACUUUGAUGAAGUGAGAAUCAACGAACAAACUGUUGAUAUAUUUCUGCACACCUAUGUUGAAAAGUCCCAUAGUUUAAAAAUGAGGAUCUUGGAAGGAACGAAACGAAGUUACUUCACCCAUCUCACCUGGCACGAAUUUUUCACAGCAGUCCAUCUAAUGUUAUUCAUGUCACAAGAAGAUUUUCAGCAGUUGUAUGGGCACUUUCAAAGAUCCACAUUGGGUUAUGGUUACCAGAUUUAUGUUUGGUAUUUGUAACUCCACUUCAUAUGAAGAUCUAAAAGUGAUUUUCCCAGCUUCGAUGAUUAAAGAUUACAAGGAGAAGAAGAAUAUUCUCAAGUCUUUAAUUUCACUUGAAGUUAAAAA